GUUUCCGGUUUUGAUUUCUCUCGACCGACCAUUGGCCAUUGCCGGGCAUUGGGAAAGCGUGAGCCUGAUCCGAAUGACAAAACAGCAGGUGGAACUGACCACACAGGGAGUUGUAUAGAAAUGGUUGAAACAGGAAUAGAGGUAGCCAGGAGUUAGCUGUACCUGUUUACUGCCGAGAAUAUAUCGUACAUUGUGGAGAAUGGCUCUUGUCCAGUGGCGCUUUACACAACUUCCUCUUCGGCUGGUGACUAGAUGCAAAGAAUUUGUAUCUUGGCUUUUACUUAUCAAACAGACUUUAUUCUACAAUGAAUUUUCAUCCUGCAUGGUGGCAAUAGAAACAGCAGCAGAGCCAUUGUUUUGGACUGUGGAGAAAUUUUCAAGAUAUUUUGGACCAAUAUUCAUGGUUCUUGUGGUGUGCUUAACUACUUCAGUGGUGGUGAUUUUCUAUAUCUGUCUCCUUCCCCAUGUUUAUGAUCAGAGCCUAAGUAAAACCAUGUUUCAUCUUAUUUUUGGACAUUGGCUCCUUGCCAACAUUGUUUUUAACUAUGUUAUGGCAGCUUUUACCGAUCCAGGGCAUCCACCAAGGGAAAUUCCAGAAACAGUUUCUAUAUGCAAGAAGUGCAUUUCUCCGAAGCCUCCGAGAGCUCAUCACUGUAGCAUCUGUAAUAAAUGUGUGCUUAAGAUGGAUCACCAUUGUCCUUGGAUUAAUAACUGUGUGGGAUUCUUUAAUCAUCGAUACUUUUUCCAGUUUUGUGUCUUCAUGCUGUCGGGAACUAUUUAUGUGUGUGUGACAGGACUAGACUUGUUCAAGCAACACUUCUAUGGGGAUAAGUAUUACCCAUUCCCAGCUGUCUUGUAUCCUCUGAACAUGGCCUAUGACAUAGUAUAUGGUGAACCAGAUAAACCAUUUUUUGGGGGCAUAGCAGCAUUUCGAAUUAAUACGUCAUCAGACCAUGAAGUUUUUGAGCACCAAAGUGUUGUUGAAUAUCACAGGCCCGGACAGGAUAUAGAGGUGGACCUGCGGGGUCAGCACUACCACACUGCUGUGGUGUACGAAUUUGUUUUGUGCUCAGCGGUGGUGAUUGCACUCUCCUUGUUAGUAUUGUGGCAUGUAAGAAUGAUCAGCUAUGGAGAAACAAACAUUGAGGUGUAUAUCAACCGUAAGGAAGUGGAUAGAUUGAAAAAGUUAGGGUUGGUUUAUACCAACCCUUAUCACUAUGGCUUUUUGAGAAACUGGCAACAUUUUUUUGGUCUUGGCAAUGGAAGAACGUUUGCAAGGAAUGUGCUUUUCCCUUCGACUCACCUUCCUCCUGGGAAUGGAUUGACAUAUUCCCGUGCCCAAAACAGAAGGGAGAAAGAAAUAGAAAAUAAGGGUCUCAUGUUAUUAUGACAGCGGAAGUGUAACUAAAUGCUCUCUCUUACUGAGGUUUGUAUAUAUAAAAUGACUUGGUAUUUGUGUGCUUAAUUUGUUCAGCAUAUUUUAUUGUUCAAGAAUAUUAAGAAGAUAUGGCAACACCUCAAUUUUAUGACAAGAUUUUAGAUAAACAAUUUCAACAAAUUUUCAUAAUGUUUUUCAACAAUAUUGGAAUCUAAUCUUCACAGCAUAGCUCAAUAGAUUAAAGCAGUAGAUACUGAUAAGCAAAUUGAAACCCUCUGGAGCUAUUAUAUUUUUGGUUUUUUAAAUUUUUUCAAAUGUAUCCUUUGGCAAAUAUAUAAAGGUUUGAAACUUUAAAAUGGUGAUUAUUUUAAAUAUGAAGUUCUAUUAUCCACAUUGAUAUCUCAAAAAGUGUACCAUAUCACUUUAAAUGAUAGAAUGAGCUUUGUGGUAUCACAAACUACAUGGUGCUUGUAUAGUUAUAUAGUUAGUUAGAAAAAAACAUUACAUUUGAUUUUAAUGUUAGAAAUGUAACUUCUAUAUAAAUAUAUUAUUUUUGAAAAAAGUUUUCAGUAUUGACUUUUUAGAUAAAUCCAAAGAUGCUUUUUUUUCAAAACGUUGCAGAGCUGUCAAUAUAAAUUAUAAAUUUAGAACUGACUUUUAGCCAAUAAAUUACCAAAUACCUGCACCAGAGUAACUGCUUAUACAUUUGAUAUUUUGAGAUAUUUGAGAUUAUGUCCAUUUGCUAUAAGUGAAUUAUAUCUGAUAAGUAAUAAUUGUGAUAUUAAUCAAAAACCUACUUUCAUUUUCAUCUGUUCUUCUGUAAACUUUUUACAUUUUGAACUUCUUCUCUAAAACCGCUUGGCCAAUUUCAACCAAAUGUGGCACAAAUCAUUCUUAUGGGAAUGCUAAUAUAAAUUGCAGAAACGAAAGACCGAUCUUUAUUCAAAGCGGAGAAAACCUCGAAAAUGUAGAAAAAGGGGGUGUAUUUUAAAAAAUCUUCUUAGAACUACGGAGUCAAAUUCAACGUAAUUUAGCAGAACUAAUCCUUAUGGAAAGGCAAAUAUAAAUUGCAAAAAUUAUGGGCUUAUUCUGUUUCAAAUCUGAGUUAUUACUAAAAUAUUAAUAAAGGAAAUGCGUGUUUCAAUCAGAUUAUAACUUAGGGUUCGGUAUUCCAUACUUCUAAAAUGGGACGGUGUAAAAGUAGGUUCAUAGUAUGAUAAACGGGUCGAUCUAACAAAGUUGUGCAACAGUUCGCGUGCAAAGGGAAUCUUUGAAACAUGCAAGAUACAUUGGUGCCGAUUUUGUGAAGUAAAUUGAGGUGAAAUAUUUCAAUGCUUUGACAGUUUUCACAUUUGACGGUGGUGUUAUGUUAGCUUGUUUUGAUAUUCGUUCAUUUUCAUAUUAUGUAUGCUUUGUAACCUGGGAAACUAUCGCCUGUACUUUGUAAUUUUUACUAAAUUAAAUAUUAUUUACAUUU